AUGAUCUCCAGCCCUGUGAUGCCUGGCUUCGGCGAGUAUCUCAUGAAACUCUCACUUGGUACACCAUCCCGCCUCUACUGGGCCACUCUAGUCACUGGUAGGAACCUCAUAUGGAUGACGUGCCGUCCUUGUGACUCCUGCUCUGGCCAAACAUCAAUGUUUGAUCCACUUCAGUCGUCCACCUACAAGAGCCAGACCUGCUCCGCCAGCUCUUGCAUGGAACUGCCCAUUCAUGGUUGCACUAUCAACCAACUUUGUGGAUUCAUAUAUUCCUAUGAAGACAAAUCCUUCGUAGAAGUGAUACUGGCCUCGGAUUGGUUUGACAAUGGUGCCCACACCGUCAAGCUUCCAGAAAUUGUCUUUGGUUGCGUUCAUCAUGAUGGCGCUCCUAAUCCCGCCUUGCUUGAAGUUCCUGGCCUUGUUGGCCUCGGCGGUGGUCCUCUCUCACUUGUAAAUCAGAUUGGCUCUUCUAUUGAUAAGAAAUUUGCUUACAGUCUUCCUCCCAAUAGCAAUGAAAAUAAUUCCAUCGGACAGCUCAAAUUCGGGAAGGACGCAGAGUUUUCAGGCCAGGAAGAGGUUCAAGAAACGCCAAUGGCACCAGACUGGUUACCUCAGGGGCUGUCUGACAAUCAGGGUCUGUCUGACGACAGUAACACAUUGUUAUUAAAGUCUCCUACUGUACAUGCAACACUGUAA